AUGCCUCUUGUCAUAGGCUCUCGUUAUUGGGCCAGACUCCUGGAAGAAACGUCAACGCUGCGGCAUCUUUUUGGAUAUGGUCCAAAUUGGAGAGAGACAACACAACCUCCGGUCCACUCAACUAUGUUGGCCUGCAACCCUGUCGCACAUUCGGGCAUGAUGGACAUGCUCCUUGUAUCCAUGGAUGUCGAUACCGAUAUCGGCUUUGACCCAACAAAAACUGCCGACCCCCAGUAUCACAUCGGCCUAUCUGUACUUGAUACCCGCGAGUUACAACGUUCGGUUGGUGCACGCCGUCGUGGCUCAAGCUCAAGCCCUGUCUCCAUCAAGUCAUACCAAUUCACCAUCGGCCAUGGCUGGUAUGUUGAUAGAGCCGACAGACAUUUUAUAUUCGGAGAAUCAAAGGCAAUUACCCUUGCGGACAUGAAGCCAAUUUUUGACUCCCUCGUUUCUGACCGGAACUAUGUCCUGAUUCUACACGGUGGCGAACGUGACAAGACCUUUCUCGAAACCUUCGAUAUUGUAUCGAAUGCUGUCUUUACCUUCGACACGGCACAUCUUUCUCAGUGUAUUAUGGGACUGUUUGAUCGGCGCAAAUUGAAUUAUAUUCUCAACGAGUUAGGCGUCGCUUAUCGUAACCUACACUGUGGUGGCAACGAUGCAAACUAUACACUCAAGGCUUUCCUCAUGCUUGCAGUCAAGGAUUUCAAGACGACGUCAACAAACCCGAGAUGGAGAGUUGAACGGCUUUUCAACCGCAUGCAGGCUAUUGCGCAAGUUCCUUACUGGAACCUGUCCAGAAGACAUGCUCGGAAUUGA